UGCAGAGAGCCUGACCGACUCUGCCAAUAGUGCACCAAUCUGGCUGAAAAGAGGGGAUCUGUAGGUGUCCACCAAUCGCGCAGUACAACUGAUCCGAUCUGAUGCUGUUGCAGCAACCGCACAGGGUCACAUCAAGUCAAUCACGCGGUCAGCCAGGUGCGUGCGUCUUAAAACAUAUCACAUUAUCACAGAUAUGGGUGCUGGGGCAGCAGAUCCGACCGUGUGUGCCCGUUUUGGUCUAUAUGCAUGCCGAGAAUGCAAGGGGACAAGUUCUGAACAUUAACAUUUCCCGUACGCGGAUGCUUGUUGCCAAGGUUGUACCCGUCGAGAUUGACUCGAAAACCCUGAAGGAGGCUGUUAACGACGCAAUGAGACAUUGGGAUGCGAACCUUGCAACAACCCACUUCCUCAACGGAUCCCUCAUGAUACCAAUACAAAUACCAGUACAACAUUCUAUUGUUCAUACUGUACCUGGUGUGUAGAAUACAAAGUAAGUGGCAACAAUAAAGUGCAUAUGUAUCAACACUAGGAAAUGUAUUUGAAACAUUCCUGCCAUUUAUUUCCAUGGACCAUUUC